AUUUUAAUCGAGAGUAGGUGUUUUGUCAAUAUUUAAAAUUAACCUUAAACGCUCCACAAACGUUUUUCACCGCAAAUUUUGUAUUUUGUGGAAAAUCUAAUAAAUAAUGGCUGCAGCUGCUGCCGCAAAAAUAGCCGAGGUGCGCGAAACAACUCGCGUUGAAAGAAUUGGGGCCCAUUCUCACAUUCGAGGUCUAGGAUUAGAUGAUAGUCUUGAAGCCAGACAUGUGUCUCAAGGUAUGGUCGGCCAAGUAACAGCUAGAAGAGCUGUAGGUAUCGUUCUACAAAUGGUUAGAGAAGGAAGAAUUGCCGGCAGAGCGGUCCUCUUGGCUGGACAACCUGGUACUGGUAAAACAGCAAUAGCUACAGCUUUGGCUCACGCACUUGGUCAAGAUACCCCUUUCACAAGUAUGGCAGGUUCCGAAAUAUAUUCUUUAGAAAUGAGCAAGACCGAAGCUAUAACUCAAGCUAUUAGAAAAAGUAUUGGUGUUCGAAUUAAAGAAGAAAGUGAAAUAAUCGAAGGUGAAGUUGUUGAAGUGCAGAUUGAACGUCCAGCUACAGGAAUUGGUGCAAAAGUGGGAAAACUCAUCUUGAAAACCACUGAUAUGGAAACUGUUUAUGACUUGGGAGGAAAAAUGAUUGACAGUAUUUUGAAGGAAAAGGUCCAGUCUGGCGAUGUGAUCACAAUUGACAAAGCCACAGGUAAAAUUACGAGAUUAGGCAGAUCUUUUGCUAGAGCUAGGGACUACGAUGCCACUGGACAGCAAACUAGAUUUGUACAGUGUCCUGAAGGUGAAUUGCAGAAACGUAAAGAAGUAGUCCACACUGUAACAUUGCACGAAAUUGAUGUCAUCAACAGCAGAACGCAUGGAUUUUUGGCGUUAUUUUCUGGAGACACUGGCGAGAUUAAACCAGAGGUGAGAGAGCAAAUUAAUGGCAAAGUAGCUGAAUGGAGAGAAGAAGGUAAAGCAGAAAUCAUUCCAGGCGUUCUAUUUAUUGAUGAAGUUCACAUGUUAGAUAUUGAAUGUUUUUCAUUUUUGAAUAGAGCAUUAGAAAACGAAAUGUCACCAAUUGUCAUUAUGGCUACUAACAGAGGGAUCACCAAAAUUAGAGGAACAACAUACAAGUCUCCCCAUGGCAUUCCACUAGAUUUAUUAGACAGAACCAUAAUAGUCCCCACACAACCCUAUGACGAAAAGGAGUUAAGAGAAAUCUUAAGUAUCCGAUGUGAAGAAGAAGAUUGUCAAAUGUCAGAUAAUGCACUGACUGUCCUCACAAGAAUAUGCAAGGAAACUUCUUUGCGAUAUGGUAUGCAGUUGAUUAUGACAUCGAGUUUAAUAGCAAGAAAACGCAAAGCACACGAAGUUGAUGUCGAGGAUAUUAAAAGAGCUUAUCAACUCUUUUUUGAUGAAGGAAGAUCUGUUCAGUUCUUGAGAGAGUACCAACAAGAAUUUAUGUUCAAUGAAAUAGAUGAUAAAGAUGAUAUGGAAAUUGAAACCAUGUAAAUGCAGCCUUUUUGACAUAUGUGUUCUAUUUUUUUAUUUUAUAAGUUCGUUUAUAAUAUUCUUAAUAAUAAAAAGAUUUUCUAUUAAAAAGACA